AUGCGGGAGUACAAGGUGGUGGUGCUGGGCUCGGGCGGGGUGGGGAAAUCGGCGCUCACCGUGCAGUUCGUGACCGGCACGUUCAUCGAGAAGUACGACCCCACCAUCGAAGACUUCUACCGCAAGGAGAUCGAGGUGGACGCCUCCCCGUCGGUGCUGGAGAUCCUCGAUACAGCCGGCACCGAGCAGUUCGCCUCCAUGCGGGAUCUGUACAUCAAGAAUGGGCAGGGCUUCAUCCUGGUCUACAGCCUGGUCAACCAGCAGAGCUUCCAGGACAUCCGCCCCAUGCGCGACCAGAUCAUCCGCGUCAAGAGAUAUGAGAAGGUACCUGUAAUCUUGGUUGGAAAUAAAGUGGACCUGGAGAGCGAGAGAGAAGUUUCAUCCAGUGAAGGCAGAGCUCUGGCUGAAGAAUGGGGUUGUCCUUUUAUGGAGACAUCUGCUAAAAGCAAAACAAUGGUGGAUGAGCUCUUUGCAGAGAUUGUCAGACAAAUGAACUACGCCUCUCAACCAGAUAAAGAUGACCCAUGCUGCUCUGCAUGUAAUAUACAAUAGCAUUCCAAGGAUGGAAUUGGACCUAAUUUGCUGUAUUUUGGGUAAGGUGACAGAAUAGACUAUUUCACUCUGUGAUUUAAAGUUGGUCAAAAAUUCAAAGUGGAGUAGCACUGAACCUCCAAGUGAAACAUAAAUAUUGAUCAAUUUAAUAAAAAAAAUAAUAAUUGAGAAGCUUUAUUUGCCUGCAGCACAUCUUCUGCAUGUUCUACUCUCUGGCUUAGCCAACAGAUUACAGGGUGAGCACAAUCUGUGCACGUUGGCUUGUCAGGUAACAGCUACUGCUUUAAAUUAAGAAACAUUUUUGGCGAAAAGGAGAGCACCAGCAAAGACCUUUUGCACUCUGCCUAUUCUGUACUGAUAAGUAAAGAUUUUAACAAAAGGUAUCUACUUACUGAAUUUCAGGACUUUUAUCACUUGUGGCCAAAUCAGUCAAAUAUGCUAAUUUUUAUUUGUGACGCAAGUGUUGAUAAAUUUAUUGGCAAACUAAUAUAGUUCUGUUAUUUUCUUUACAUUCAUUAUUUUCUGUGAUCCCAUAAUGCAAAAAGGAAAAUGCUCCAUCAGUACUUGAACGGAAAGAGAGAAGCUCUGAAAAAAAAAAAAUCAACAGCUUGUAAAGAGAACACUGAAACAUUAGGAUAUCCUAAAUAUUCUGCGUUGUUGCUCAGAAAAUGGUGGAUUGCUUCAGCUGCUGUUCAGUCAAGAUACCAAACCAGCCCUUGCUUUGCAGAGCAGGAAAUGCAUUAAUCUCUUUACUGAUCCAGGAAGAAGCAACCAUGAUGGGGUUAAAAAGAAUUGUUUGGCCUUACUAAUGAGGAACAUUGCUAGCACAUUAACAAGUACCACCUUGUAAGGAAAAUGAAGCCAUGUUGUAUUCAGCCGUUCCUUUUUGCAGAAACCUCAUAGGGGCUGUACAAGCAUCCUAUAUUUUUUAGUUUAAGGAUACCAGUUUAUUUUUGCCUUUAAGGGCUGUAUCUUGGAUGUGAUAUACUAAUUGAGCUAUGGAAUUUAAUUUUGCCACUUUAUAUCUUUAACAUUGGCGAUUCUGGUUAACUGUGUAGAAUUACUUUGUCUCAGAAGGUGAAUACAAAAUAUUU